AUUAAUAACAGGAUUGAUGUACUGCUGCAAAAGUAUGAAAAUCUUGUUGGGUUGACUGAAGUGAAGACAGCACAGAAAAAAGUUAUUGAUGCAGAACAAAUAUUUCAAAAUGUACAAAAUGAAAGAAGAAAUUGUCAGACAAAAAUGACAGAAAUUCAGAACCGUCUUAAAGACAUCCAUGUCAGAUUAGAUAAACUGCAGAGAGGAGAUGAACGUUACCUGAUCUUAUUAACUGAGGAACAUGAUGUCCUGAGAAAUGAAAAAAAAUUAAUGCAAGAUCUGCGACACUGGGAACAGGCAGAGCAUGACCAUUUUGCUGCACUCUCUUCUGCUCUUCGAGAAAGCCACGAAAAAGAAAGAGCUCAGGCUGAAAAAACGAAAUAUUGGUCAAUCAUUGGCUCAGUGAUUGGUGCUGCUAUAGGAAUAGUGGGAACAUCAAUUAACAACCACAUGAAAAUGAGAGAACUGAAAGAUCUGGUUCAAGAGGGGUCAGACAAAAAUUUAGAGUUGAAGGAUAUCGUUAAAAAUUUGUCACAGGUGGCUCAGGCGCAAUAUGGACAAACCAUUUCAUUUCUAUCAGACCUACAAACCUUAAUAUUAGAAGGAAAAGCACCAGAAAAACUGAAGUUACCUUUGUUGUUGGCAUCCGAGUCAGAAAAGUUUGAUAACGUUAACAAGGUAGUAUACGUUGGGUCAGAGAUAACCAAUCUUCUGCAAAGGAUGGAAGACGAUUUGGAAUGGAAAAUAAAAAAAAAUGCUUUAAUGACGACGGGUCUAAUUUAUGGAACAGGACUUGUGGCCGCUGCUGUUGUAUAU